GACCCUUAUUACUUAUCUUUCUACCCUCACGUUACCGCCACAAUACACCUCAAUUUUUACUUGCAACGAUGCCGAGCGACAGAGAGAGUUUGAUUGGCAUGGGAUUUGAAGCUGCGCGUGUCGACUGGGCGCUUAAAGCAACUGGAAAUCGUGGUCUACAGCCAGCCAUGGAUCACAUACUUGAGAAUGGAGAAAAACCAGUACCGGAUAUGGGGUCAGUGUCAGAGUCAGCCAGCUCCGCACCGAUGGACGUCGAUGAGGCCGACGAUGCAGAAGCUGCCGCUAAUCUAGCUGACCUGGAAGCCAAGAGCAUCAAAUGCUCGGAGUGUGGCAAAACCUUCCGGAAUACGGCUCUCGCUAAUUUCCAUGCUGAAAAGAGCGGUCAUACCGCAUUCGAAGAGUCGACGGAAGAGAUCAAGCCCCUCACGGAGGAAGAGAAGAAAGCGAAGCUUGCGGAGCUCCGGGAAAAGAUGGCCGAAAAGCGUGCCAGGAAAGCAGUAGAGGAAGCUGCGGAACACAAGGAGAACGAGAAAAUCCGUCGGAAAGCAGGCAAGGACAUGAAUAAAAUCAAAGAAGAUCUCAAGGCCAAGGAGGCCAUAAAGGAAGCGGAGCAAAGGAAAAGAGAUAAGAUCGAAGAGGCUAAGGCUAAGGCAGCAGUAAAGGCCCAGAUUGAGGCCGACAAGAAAGCUCGUGCCGAGAAAGCUGCCAGGGAAAAGGCUCUUCGAGAGGGUAAACCUAUUACUGACAAUUUAACUACGGCUCCCGUCGCUUCCACUGCUCCUGCCGUUACUUCGUCGUCGUCCGGUGUUAAAGGUAGGGAGUUCAAAGAAACCCGACUACAAAUACGUAUGUCCUCGGGAGGGCAGCCGUACACAACGACUCUAUCCAGCGAUGCUCCUUUACGUGAGGUUGCAGAAUUCCUUGCAGGACAGACGUUAUCUGUGGAUGUGGAAACGGUAAUGUUCGCCCAACACUUCCCUAGGAAAGCAUUUUCUCGUUCAGAUUUCUCAAAGUCUCUAAGGGAGCUCGGACUUACUCCCUCCGCGGUCCUUAUUGCCACUAUUCCAUGAGAUUUUCAUCAAACUCCAAUUACCAUAUCUGCUGUCAAUCAAAGAUCCAGAUGCAUGAUACUAACCAACCGCGUACCUUCGUGCGAUGC